AUGAAAAAGAUUGAUAUCAGAAGUAAAAUUUUCAGGAAAAAUUUUCAUGAUGGUUGGGAGCGUGAAGGUGCUGCUGUUUGCAUUUACUAUAAGGGUGAAUUAGUAGUAGAUUUAUAUGGUGGAUAUUCAGAUGCGAGUUCACUUCGUCCAUGGACAGCACAUACAAGAACUGUUGUCUUUUCAGCUACAAAAGCUGUUGGCGCGCUUUGCAUAGCGGUGUUAAUUGAUCGAGGAUAUUUACGAUAUACAGAUCGAGUAAGCCAAUUUUGGCCAGAAUUUGGACAAAAUGGUAAAGAAAAUAUUACUGUGGGCUGGGUUAUGAAUCAUAGUGCAGGCUUAGCUGCUUUCGAUGAACCAAUAAGUAAACACGACGCUUGUGAUCAUCAAAAAAUAGCUGAUAUUAUUUCAAGACAAAAACCAAAUUGGAUACCAGGAACGAAAGUUGGAUAUCAUGCGAUAACUUAUGGAUGGCUUGUAGAUCAAAUUGUAAGACGUGUUGAUCCAAAACAUCGCAGUAUUGGGACUUUUUUCAAACAAGAAAUAGCAGAAAAAUUUGCAGAAGAAUAUACAGUAUCUCGAUUAACCUCGCCUCCAUUUUCGCACAAACUUAAAGAAAUAGCACAUGACCCAAGAAUUUUAUACGUGUUAUGUAUGCUUUAUAUACGACCUCCUACAUCAAUAGAAAUGUUAUCGUUUUGUAGCACUAUGAAAAAUUAUUUACAGAAAGUGAAUACUUUCAAUGAUCCUGACCUUCAUCAGAUGGAACAAGUGGCAGCUUUAGGCAUAACUAAAGCAAAAGAUCUCGCUCGAUUAUUCUCUCUUUUCAUUGAAGGAGAGAUUGUUUCAAAAAAUUUGAUAAAUUUGUAUAAAAUGCCAGAAAUAUCACGUGCUCCAUUACCCAAAGGAUAUGGCUUUAUGUAUGAACGACAUCCAUUCAAGCCCGGUUGUUGGCUUGUUGGACAUGCAGGUCUUGGUGGAAGCACAAUCAUGAUGGAUAUAGAAGAAAAUUUAGUAAUCGCUUAUGUAAGCAAUGGUCUAAAAUUGGGUACUGGAGAAUUAACCCGAACUUAUCGAUUACUGCGAAAUGCUGCUUUUUUAUCAAUAAAAUGA